AUGACCACCGCUCCUCCAGUCUUCCUGUUUGAUCAUGACGAGAUGACAACACUGUUUCCGAACUCUUCUGUCAACAUGACAAUGGUACGAGGGUCGCCGUCGGCCUUAAAGAUAGCCUCUGAUAUCGUCAUAAAGACCACGCUCAUCAUCAUCAUGGCCGGGAUGGGCAGCACCAUUGAGAUAAAACCUCUUCUACAGCAUCUCAGGAGACCGGUAGGUAUCGCCAUCGGCAUGUUGUCACAGUUCAUCGUACUUCCGGCAGUCACAUUUGGACUUGCGCAUGCGCUACAGAUGUCAACGUUUCCAGCGCUCGGAAUGCUUGUAAUGGCUUCGUGUCCUGGCGGCUCAACAUCCAACGUCUUCUCCUAUUGGAUGGAUGGGGACGUGCCACUCAGUGUAGCUAUGACAGCAACGUCUACAAUAGUAGCGACGGGAAUGAUGCCACUUAACCUGUUCAUAUAUAGCCGGAGCUGGACCGACGAGACUCUCGUCAUCCCCUAUGUCAACAUCGCCAUUUCUUUCGUAAUGACCAUUACUCCGGCCGCCGUCGGUAUGUUCUUUCGUUGGAAGUGGCCGAAACUGGCCGAUAUGGUUGUAAAGUGCGGAAGUGUUGCGGGUGCCAUUGCUGUCGUCCUGACCUUGACCUUGAUGAGCGUGAUGUACCCGUUUAUGUACCGAGCGUCCUGGAGUAUAUAUCUCGGAGCCUUCCUUCUGCCAACAGUGGGAUUCCUGUUCGGAUACCUUGUUGCAACCUUAUUCCGGAUGGAUACAUCAAGACGUAUCACGGUUUCCUUGGAAACAGGCAUACAGAACUUCCCGCUGUGUAUGACACUGUUGACCUUGACAUUUGAUAAGAGCAUGUUUGCUUUGAUUUCGUUAUUUCCAUUAAUGUACGGUGUUACUUGUAUUCUUUGUAGUAUCCUUUUUCUCUUCCUUUACAAAAUAUGUGUUUUCAUAGUAAAGUGGAAUGACAAACGUGGAUUUUAUACAGUUGCAAAGUCAGAAACGGAAGUAAAAGAACAGAAAGCCUAA